AACUGGAAGCUUUUUACAAACAUACUCUUUGUUUGGUCAGGUUGUAUGUAUUAAUUUCGCGAAGAGGGGGGACGAUAAAGUUUAAUUACAUAUUUCAAGUUUUUCAACAAUGUCCGAAGGAAAGAAUAUGAGAUGCGGAGGAAUGAAAUUUAAGGCGAGCAAACAUUGGUAAAAAGUACAGGGUAAUUUGAAGAAACGAGGAACUGAUUUACUUGAAUCAAUAUCUAAAUGCGCAACGGACAACUGUUGCAUCAGUUGAUACCUCACCCUCCUCCAGCUCACUGCGAGGACAAGUACAUUUAAUCGGGUUAUUUUGAGGAUCAAGUUUAGGGAGCUCUGAUCACAAUGGCAGGAAGAUAUGUUAGGCCCUCUAUCCGCUAUCCACCAAUGCCUAGCACACCGCUGCUCCCAGGCGAUGCCCUAGAAAAUUCUCCCGAUGCUUUCUGGCAAUGGCGUUGACGUCUCUGCGCGUUCCAGCGUGUUGAAUAACAAACUUUAUCCCAUACUAUCAGACAUGUGGGAAAUGCUUUGCCCGAGCAAGGUGACAAUUAUCCUAAAAUACUCGCACUUUUUCUGUUUUUUUUUCUCCGGCGGCCGCUCAGCAAGGUCUUGCUAUCCAGCCAUUUCGUCUGAGCAACUCGCUGAUGUCAAUAACGUCAAACUAAGCUGGGAUAUUGCUAACACCAAUGCGGGUUCUUAUAUUGUGCAGAGAAGACUAGAGAGAUCGACCGAUUUCUCAACAAUUGCUAAUGUUUCUGGCAAUACCUAUGACGAUUAUAACCUGGCAAUAACACAAUACGUCUAUCGGGUCACCUCUGCUCAGAAUACAUCGAAUGAAGUCUACAUAACUACAUUCUCGCCGAAGGAAGCCGAAUACGCAAUUUAUGAUAAUACCCAGGUAUCUUCAUAUCUUGGUAAGUCCAAUAUCAAGGCGCAUGGGUUGUAUUAUCGAUACAACUACAUCGAGAACGGCACUGGAACAUUCUACAUCCAAGAACAGUCUUCCAGGGACGGGUACAACUUCAAUGAAGACCGGGUAGUUAUCACGUCUCAAACAAUUUGCGCCUCUAUUGAAGGUAGCCUCUGUCAUUUGGAGCGCGCUACAUUUAACCAGAACCCGGACACGGGAGAGGUUGUUAUGUGGGCGCAUCUGGAAAAUGCUAUCAACUAUGAUCUUGCUCAGGUCGCGUGCGCGAGUGGCCGGCCCAAUAGUAACUGGAGCUUCCACGGCGCCUAUAGACCUCUCGGAUAUGACUCGCGCGACAUGACUGUCUUUGUCGACAAUGAUCCUGCCAUGUCGGCCUAUCUUAUUUCAGCCGUUGGCGUCAAUACGAACAUGACCGUCAUUCAGUUAACAUCCAAUUGGACGGCUGUAGACAAACUUGUCAAUACGGUCUAUGUUAAUCAGUACCGCGAAGCACCUGCCAUGGUUAAAGUCGAUGAAACUUACUAUUUGUUCACGUCUCGUGCCGCAGGCUGGUAUCCAUCUCAGCCUCUUUACAUUACCUCGAAAUCAAUCCCAUCAGCGUGGAGCGAAGCUCGUGAGCCAGCUGAUGCCGCAACGUAUGGCUCACAGUCUGGGGUUAUCAACAAAGUCGGUAACUCCUACGCCAUGCUGUCGGAUCGAUGGGGGGCAAGCUGGUCCCCGGUGGAUGGUGAGAAUCGGCAAUACAUGCUUCCGAUUUCUUUUGCCCCAAACGACGAAGGCUCUGCAUACUACAAGUUUUACCAGAAGACAGGAUACCUACUACCAGGCUUUGCUAAUAGUAAUAAAGUGGGGGUUUUUGGGAUACAGAGUGGAAAAAUCCUCUCGGUUGGAAAAAGUGUGACCCCAAAUCCACCUGGCGGUACCAAUAUAACUUACGUAAAUGACGGCAUUUAUGAUGAUCCAUCUGCUUAUUUUGUUCCAUCUGGUUAUCCAUUCACCUUGACAGUUGACUUAGGUGAUAGUCUUAAAAUUACUCAGGUGGAUCUGACCACUAGAAUGGUCCAGGGAAGCGAGACCUAUUAUCAAUUAACAGUCAUGGGCUCAGUCGAUGGUACCAGCUAUGAGGAUAUUGGGGACGCCUCAAAUAAUACUCAAGUCGGCUAUAUUCCUAAUUUUGUCGCUAGUGAGAGGUCAUAUCGCUACGUUCAAGUUAAUGUCUCCCAUAUUAUCAACACCCAUAACGGGCAUGAGGCUGAAUAUUUCGGAGGUGUCAUUGAGUAUACUGUUUACGGUUAUUAA